AGCAUUGCAGUUCGAUGGCAUUGUCAGCGCUUGUGUAGCGACAGUUUAUUUUUAAACUUUGAUCGGUUUGGACGCUUUUGAAAUUUAAUCAAACGCGUAGUGUGCGCCACUUGUAAAUUGGGGCGCCAAACAGUUGAAUAUUUGAAAAAAAUUCAAAACAAGAUAAAAGUAAAAUACACAAAAUAUUAAACAAGCAAAAGUGAAUUAGAAAAAGCUUGAAAUAUUACAAAAAUAUAGAAAACAAACAAUUGUGAAGAUUCGGAGAAUAUUGUGAAACAGUAUUAAUAUUGAGAAUAUAAUUGCAUUGCCGAUGCAUUUAGUGAAGUGCUAGUAGCAAGCAAACAAGCAAAACAAACCAAAAGCAACUCAGUGUAAAUGCUGCAGUGAAAAGUGCAAAGCAUAAAAAAACCGUUUGAAAAGUAUAAGCACAAAGUAAUCUCAAAUAAAUAAGCGCUUAUCUCUAUAAUCAUUGAUUUAGACAAAUAAAAGUGCAGCGCAGCGUUAGCCCAAAAACGCAAAAAUAUUGAUUAUUAUUGCAAAUACGGCAAGUAAAACAACCAAAAAAAGCAACAAAGUGUGCAACAAAUGUUUAAGGUAAAAUUGCAAAAUUGUGUUUGGUUUUAAAAAAUUGAAAUUUCAUCAAAUGAAAAUUGUGGCAAAUCAAGCUCAAGCUCAAGCAAAUCAAAGAAGCAAAGUUCUGCAAAUGGCAGUGAUAAUGCAAGCUUUUAUUGAAGUUCUUUAAAGUGUGCAUUUGUUUUUUCCAAUAAUUUUUGUUUUAAAAUUAACUGCAUUUGGUUUCCAAAUGAAAACAGCCUCCCCAAUGAAAUGUAAAAGUUGGUCGAACAAAAUCAACAAUUUUGUUGUGCGACGCCUGAAGUCAAUCAAGAUAAACGGUCAACAGCAGCAACAGAUCCUGUCGCCGUGCAGCACGAUGCCAGCGAUGCCAAAAGAAAAGGCCACCGCAGUAUCGUUGAGUGAGAAUAAUUUUACCGAACUGAAAUUUAAAGAGUUAUCUUUGAAUACAAACAACACCGCCAACGCCGCCACAGCCACAAUGGCCACCACAGCUACAAGUCGCAUGCAUCAGCAUAGCACACAGACACCUACACAUCAUCUACCCGCAGCAGUACAGACAACAACAAACGCCACAGCGACGACAGCAACCGCCACACAACAGCCAACAAUGCCACAUUGGACGCAACGCCAAAACCAACAACAACAAACACAGUCCCGCAACAGCCUAUGCGGCUGCGGCAAUCUCUCGGCAGUCAUACCAGAGACAGUGGGCAGCUUAAAUCAUGGCAGCAGUAAAUAUUUAACAAAUGGACAUUCAUCACCUUUGGCCGCCGCUGUAGCUGCUGCACAGCAAAAUGGUGCUACAACGCCGGAACACACGCCGACAUGUUGUCGUUAUCAGCAACAACAACAACACAUACUACAACAACAACAGAAUGGCUAUGAUAGCGUUGAACCGCUACAGCAACAACAACAAUUGCCACGCAUAUAUAACAACAACAAUGGGCUUGCAGGUGGUGGUGGUCUAAAUGCUGCACCCCCCACCACCGCCAUCAAUAUCGCCUCGGCCUCAACACUCUCCGUAGCAUCUAUCUCGAUCGGCUCGGCCGGUGCAUCAACAUCGCCCACAAAUGUGGCUGUAGCGCCGCCAAAGAAAUCGCCAAAUGACUACAUUUUUGGCAAAUACAUUGGCGAAGGCAGCUUCAGCAAUGUUUACCUCGCUGUGGAUGUGAAUACGAAGCGUGAAUAUGCAAUUAAAGUAUGCGAGAAACGUCACAUCAUACGCGAGGACAAACAAGAGUAUGUGCGUCGUGAACGCGAAGCCUUGCACAUGAUGACCAAUGUGCCGGGUUUCGUGAAUUUGUCGUGCACGUUCCAGGAUCGUCGUUCGCUAUACUUUGUGAUGACCUAUGCCAAAAACGGUGAUCUAUUGCCGUACAUCAACAAGGUGGGCUCCUUCGAUGUGGACUGCACACGCCACUAUGUCGCCGAAUUAGUAUUAGCUUGCGAGCAAAUGCACUAUCACAAUGUGGUGCAUCGUGACCUGAAGCCGGAGAAUAUACUCUUGGAUGAGGAUAUGCAUACGUUGAUUGCCGAUUUUGGUUCGGCGAAAAUCUUCAAACCCGAGGAAUGUAUUAAUCCCGUGAAAGCGGUGCCGUUCUCGUUGAGUCGUCGCAGUGGCGGUCGUAAUUCACAAAAUCGCAGCGAUGACGAUGAUGAUGAGGAUUGCGAUACUGAGGAUACCAAUGAUACCGGCAGCGAUGAGGAUAAUACGCAUAGCGGUGGACGUGGUGGUCUGUAUUAUUAUCGCCGUCGUAAGGGUAGUUUUGUUGGCACCGCGCAAUAUGUGUCGCCGGAAGUUUUGCGUAAUGGUUUCGUCUCACCUGCUGCUGAUCUCUGGGCACUCGGUUGUAUAGUGUAUCAAAUGAUUUCUGGGCUGCCGCCGUUCCGUGGCAGCAAUGAUUAUGUCAUAUUCAAAGAGAUCCUCUCCGGCGAUUUAGACUUUCCGCAAGGCUUCGAUAAAGAUGCCGAAGAUCUAGUCAGAAAGCUAUUGAAAAUACGCCCAGAGGAACGUUUGGGCUCACAAGAUGCCAAGGGUGCUUAUGUCAGUAUACGUGCGCAUCCAUUCUUCAAUGGCAUCGAUUUUGCCACAGUGCGUCAACAGACACCGCCACCCAUCUAUCCAUACUUGCCGGGCGUGUCGAAGGAUGAUGGCUUUAGAUCGCAUUAUAUUCUGCCUGAGAACCUGGAACCUGGCUUGGAUGACAAGCAGCUGACGCGCUUGCUCGGCAUGGAGUUGGGCACAUACAUUGAGAAAAAGACUGUAGUAAAAAAUAUUUACGACCUUUCUGAUUGUGAAAAGCAAAACCGUUUGGAGCAACAAAAGUCUGAUAAAUGGCAUGUCUUCGCCGACAACGAAGUCAUACUGAAGAAGGGUUACAUCAACAAACGUAAGGGACUGUUCGCGCGCAGACGCAUGCUGCUGCUCACAACGGGUCCGCGGCUCAUCUACAUCGAUCCCGUGCAAAUGGUGAAGAAAGGCGAAAUACCAUGGAGCGCUGAAUUGCGUGUCGAACCGAAAAAUUUCAAAAUCUUCUUUGUGCAUACGCCCAACCGAACGUACUAUUUGGACGAUCCCGAUGGUUACUCACUCGAAUGGGUCGACUCUAUCGAACGCAUGCACAAACUCACCUACCCCGACAGCGAUACCGGCGCGGAUAUGUCCACAACAACGACGACGACGACGACGGGCACCUCACCGAAAUCGUCACAUCGAACAAACUCACCAACGUUCUUCAGCCAUGGCGGCAGUCACUCCAGCGGUAGCAGCAGCAGCGGCAAUAUGCUGACCGCAGCCAUCGCUGCUGCCACCGGCCGUGCGACGAAAACGGCGUCGAAUUGAAUGAAACGACAGCAGCAGCAGCAGCAGCAGCGGCGUCAAACAGAUAUUAUAUAUCUACUAAAGAAUGCAACUAGAAUUCUACAAAACACGCAAAAGAACAACAACAACAACAACAACACAGCAGCAGCAACAUACAAGUGCGUGCAGAAUUGCAGCUAAAACAAACAAAAAAGAAAAUACAAAAACCUAGGUGUUCCAAGGAAGCAUGUAAGUGCAGCAGCGGUGGCACCACCACAGCAGUGCAGCUCAUAAAAGCAAAUGCGAAAACAAAAAUACUAAAAGUGAAGUGGAGCAACAACAACAGCGCGCGCAGCAAAACACAUUUAAAAUAAUAUUAAAAUUUAAAUAAUAAUAUAUACACACAUACAUACAUACAUACAUACAUACAAAUAUAAAAAAUGUUUAGAACAAAUUUAGUUCAAAUCAGCAAAUACAUAAAUUAAUUAUUACAUACAUAAUAAUAAUGAUUACUAUUAAUUAAUUAAACUAAAAAUAAUAUAGCAGUGAAGUGUAGCGAAUAGCAAACAAAAGAGAAAAGAAAACAAAAAUUAAAUUAAUUUCAAAUAAUUAACAAUUAAAUGCAGCACUAAGCAAAAGUAAAAUAGUUUAGCAAGAAGAAGAAAGGCGUGGAGCAGCAAUGAUGAAUUGUUGAUGUGUGUGCGGACAUAGCAAAAAUUUAGUAAACAAUAUUUAGCGUUUAAGUGGUCCGAAAGUGUAGUGUGUGUUAGUAAAUCUGUGUGAAUACAAAAAAAAAACAACAAUUGUUGUUUAUAUGCUUGCAAAUGAGUUAAAUGAAUUGAAUUUGACACUUGUGCAAAACAGGCAAGGCAAGCAGAUUGUAUAUGACAAUGUGUGUAGUAGGUGUGGCAUAAAUGAGUAGAAAUGUGUGUGUGUUGUUGGAAAGGGAGUUGUAAAGUAGAUGAAGCGGCAGCAGUGUUGUAAAUAUUACAAUAUUUAUGCAUAUUGCUAACUUUACAACAACAACAAACACGAUUAAUGCCAGAUUACACACAUGCACACAUACAUAUAAACUUGCAUAUAUACAUAUAUAUAUAUAAACGUGUAACAGUAUAAUUAAAAUUAAUGUAAAACGUAAUUUGUAAACAAAUGUGAAUAUUUUGUAGUUAGUCACAAUUAAAUGAAUUAUACACAGUGCAGAGCAGAGCAGAGCAGGCAAAAAACAAACACCAAGCAGCAGCAGCAGCAGCAGCGUGCAUAUUGUAUAUAUAUAUAUAAGUACAUAUAUACAUGUGUGCGUGUGUGCAUAUAGCAAAAAUGAGAGAAAAAACCUAUUAAAAAAUAGCAGUAACUAUGUAGAAGAAAAUAUAAAUGCAUACAUACAUACAGCUAUGUAUGACACUAUGUACAUAUAAAGCAAGGCAGAAAGUUACAUACUAAAAAUUACUAUUAAAUUCGUAUACAUAUAUGUAGAUAUAUAUAUGUAAUAGUAAGAGAGAAAUGAUUACAAAAAUUAUACUAUAUACAUUAUAUAUACGCUAUAUAUAUAUAUACAUACAUAUGUAUACAUAAAAGAUGAAAGAAAGCGAGCGAGAAAUAUGUUGCCUACAUGCAGGCGUUGUAACAGGCGUGUGUGUAAAAUGAAUUUCAGCUUAAUAUAUACCAUAUAUAUAUAUACAAUGUAAUUAUUUAUAUGCGCAUACAUACAGACAGAUAUACUUACCAACAUGCGUACAGGCAGCCAAACACAACAGUUAUAUCAGGCUUACAUACAUAAAACAGUUAGUUAAUGAGUUUUUUAUGCUAAUUAUGCAACAACUAUGAUUACAACAAAUUCAUAUUGUACACAUGCAAAACAACAACAACAAGUGAAAUAACAGCAACAACAAAUGUAUAACACUGUUUGUAGAACAAGCUGAAAGCUAGUGAUAGUGCAGUCUUGUGUGCAGUUUAAACUGCAACUCGCGCUUUUUGCAACAACAACACCAACAACAGCAAUAUGCAUUGUAUUAAAUGAAUUGUAAAUUACGAUAGUUUUGUUUUUUUCAUAAGUAUGGCAAGCCACAAUGUAACGCAGUGCAGUAUGCUGCGCAUGCGUUGAAGAGUUGCAAAUAUGUAAAAUGUGUAGCAUAAACAAACGUAAAACAUAUUACAUACAAACACACAAACACUUAACAUCAAACAAAAACAAAUUGUAACAACAACAACAACUGCGUGUACGACGCCUGCGUGUGCGUGUGGGCUUUGAGCUGUUCGGUGCAUAUUCAACAUUUAGCUAAAUUACAUACUAAUUAACUAAGUAAAGUUAAAAAAAAAAAAAUUAAUGAAUAAAUAAAAAAAUAAGUGAGAAAAAAAAUAAUUAAAAUUAAAAAAAAAAACUAUUUUUAUGCGAUUAGCGGGAAUUUUAAAGCGUUGCAAAUGUAGUAGUGUGUUCAUAGCUGUAAGCUGUAAACUGUAAACAAAUAUAAAUUGUUUUUUCUUCUUUUUUGUUUUUUUAAUGCAAAAUGCGCUGCAACAGUCUACACGCACACACGCAUAUGACGUCGUACGUACAUACAGUGUUACAGUUACACCGCCGCCGCCGUCGUGUUCAAAUUUAAGUUUUGUGCAACAGGUUACAUUGUUUUUGUGAAUUUUCUUGAAAAAUAAUACUUUUGAAAGUUGAAAAAAUUUUGUUUUUGCUUUUCAAUAUUUUUUUUUUUUUAAUUUUUUCCUCAUAAUUGCGUUAUUAUUUCUUUAAUUAAUUAUUAUAAUUAACUUACACUCAGUACUUUUGCCCUAAUAACGCAACGCAUAAGACUUGAAAUAACUAAAUGUAGACAAAGGUAAAAAGAAAAAUGCAAAAAUAACAAAAAUUAUUUAAUAAAACCAAAAUUACAUAAAACCAAGUAGUAACAACAGUAGCAACAAGCAAGCAGGCAGUGAGACUAACAACAACUAAACUAAUUUAAACUAAACUAAGCUUUUGUUGCAGUUUGGUAGUUCAAAAUUGUAUUGCAAAGUACUAGAAACAAUAAAAAAAAAAUUAUUUUUUUGCAUUUUGCUAUUUUUAAUAAUUUUUAUAUUUUGAAUUUUUUUGUUUCUUCAUAAAAGUAUUUUUUUAAAUAAUUUAGCUGCAAAAAAUACUAGCGAAAUUAAAUAUAAUUAAAAAAAAAACAGAAAUUAAAUGAAUUGAAACACAAUGUGUACGACGCUGAAAGCAAAAACAAAUAUUUUGAAAAGAGAAAAAUUAUUUUUUCAAAAAAAAAAAUGAAAAAAAAAAUGUUUUUUUUUUUUAAUAAAGAAAAAUAAAAAAUAUUAAAAAUGUUAAACUAAAUAUAAAAGUAGUGUUUUUGUAAAUGCAUUUACUGUUUUCUUUUUGCAAUUUUUUUUUUUGUUAAUUUUUGUACUUUUUGUAUAUUUUUUGUUAAUUUUUUUGAUUUUGUUUUUGUAAUUUUUUGAAUUUUUUUGCAUUUUUUUUGUUAUUUUUUUGUUUGUUAAUUUUUCACUUUGACUAGCUAAAUAUUUGUGUACUCAUUUUGGUUGCCGCUUUAUAAAAGCUACUCACAUGCUAAGAGCAUUAGAAAAGUUAUAUGCGUUGUAAUUGAAAAUAUUUAAAUUAAUUAAUUUGUUAUAAUUAAAUUACUGUUAACGCUGUAAGCUGUACAUUUUUGUUCGCCACCACUUAGUUUUAACUAGCAAAAAUCUCUAUAUUAUUACAAAAUCAAAAACAAAAAAAAAAAUAUAAAUAAUAAUUUAGCUUUUUUCAAAAGCAACACUCCUAUUUUCUAAAAGUUUUGGUGAAUUAAAACAUUUUGAAAAAAAAAA